GACGUUUUCAACCACCUCGUCCUCCCUCCUUAAGCGGACUCCUUCUCUCACGACACUGCAGCUCCUUCGUUUCGCUUCUCGUCACAGAAACGCGCUCAUCCCUGAGACGUCCAUACACAUUUCCGCCUAGCCGCUUUUGCAGCAUAUCCGAGCCGGCUCGUCGGACCGUCCCCAUCCUCAGCCUCAAUUUCGUCGGCCGUCAGCCCCGCCAUUGUCCGUCCCCAGGUCCGAUCACGCCCUCCCGCCUCACAUAAGCCUGCGCGCCUCCGCGUCGCUCGCUCGCUGCUCGACAGGACCUCUAGGCUCGUGUACAACCGUAUAUCUGUCGCAGCAACACCAUUCGCCCACAAUGUCUGCGGAGCUGUACAGGAACAACAGCAGCAAUGGCUGGGUCGUCCAGAAAUUCGGCGGCACCAGCGUCGGCAAGUUCCCAGAAAAUAUCGCAGAAAGCAUUGUCCGCGCCAACCUAGCAUCAAACAAGAUUGUCGUCGUCUGCUCCGCACGCAGUACUGGCAAGAAGGUCACCGGUACCACGAGCAGAUUGCUAGAAAUCCACCGGAAACUGCGAGAGAUCGCUGCGGCCACGAGCGCCGAGGACACACAAAGCGCCCUUCUCGACGAGGCCAAAAUCAUCAUACAAGACAUCUGCAACGAGCACGUCCUGGCGAUCAAGGCGGUAGUCAAGACUGAGGAGCUCCAGAAGAAUGUGGUCCAGAGCAUAGAGGAGGACUGUCAGGGCCUCAUCGACUACAUCAUCGCAGCCAAGCGCUUCCACCUCGAGGUCAAUGCGCGGUCCAAGGACCGGGUCGUAAGCUUUGGCGAGAAGCUCAGCUGCCGCUUCAUGACUGCCGUGCUCAGAGAAAAGAACGUCGAUGCCGAAUAUGUCGACCUGUCCGAUGUCAUGCACUACGACAGCUCAGAUCGUCUACGUCCGACUUUCUACAAGGAAGCCGCGGCCAUCUUUCGCAAGAGAAUACUCGCCUGCCAGGACAAAGUCCCAGUAGUUACUGGCUUCUUUGGCAACGUCCCUGGCAGCUUGAUGGACGGCGAUAUCGGUCGAGGCUACACUGAUCUCUGCGCAGCGCUGGUGGCGGUCGGCCUGGCCGCUGAGGAGCUGCAAGUUUGGAAGGAGGUCGAUGGCAUCUUCACGGCAGAUCCCACAAAGGUCCCCACGGCGAGACUGCUCAGCUCCAUCACCCCGUCGGAAGCGGCCGAGCUCACAUUCUAUGGCUCAGAGGUCAUUCACCACCUCACCAUGGACCAGGUCAUCAAGGCCGAGCCGCCGAUCCCAAUCCGCAUCAAGAACGUCAAAAACCCAAGGGGCAAUGGCACCAUCGUUCUUCCUGACCCGAUCCAGUCGCCAGCGCAGCAGAUCAAGCGGUCGAGGCCCUCAGAGGUGAACCUCGCCCUGUCCAAGGGACCCAAGCGCCCGACCGCUGUCACCAUCAAGAAGGACAUCACGGUCAUCAAUGUGCACUCGAACAAGCGGUCCAUCUCGCACGGCUUCUUUGCAAAGGUCUUCUCGAUCCUCAACAGCCACCGCAUUUCUGUUGACCUCAUCUCCACGUCCGAGGUGCACGUCUCCAUGGCCAUCCACGCCGCCGACACGUCCGUCAGUCACUUUGAGAAGGCGACCGCCGAGCUUGGCGAGUUUGGCGACGUUAGCAUCCUCACCGACAUGGCUAUCCUGAGUCUCGUGGGCGCUGAGAUGAAAAACAUGAUUGGUAUCGCUGGCCGUAUGUUCUCGACGCUAGGCGAGCACAAUGUCAACAUUGAGAUGAUUUCACAAGGCGCCAGCGAAAUCAACAUCUCUUGCGUUAUUGACGUCAGAGAAGGCACGAGAGCCAUGAAUAUCUUGCAUACCAACCUCUUCACUUUCUUGGAGUAGGGAUCUGGAUCAUCCUCUGCACAUUGGAGAUCUGGGCAUUUGGCAUAGAUGCGGCGGACACGUGUGUUGUCUGUUCGAUAGCCCCAAAACCUGGGUUUGUGGGCCUGCGCAUGAUCAUAUAGAAAGUCGAGGAGAAAUGGAGAGGCCAUGCUGAAGUUAGAUGUGGACUAUUUAGGCCAGUAAGCAUUUAAGAUGUACAUAAACCAUAGACAUACCUACGUAUGCUUCAACGGAUACCGAAGGAAAAUGAGUGUUGUUGUUGACAACGAGAAGGAGAAGAGAAGGAAAAGAAUAUACGAAAAAAACCAACAAAAACUCACAAAUGCCCAUUCUAGACUAUAAGACGUCCAAAGUAAUACAAAGAAACUUAUUCAGAGUUUAUGCAGUC